GGAGGAGGGGGGCGACCGCGUGCCUCGCCGCAGAAAGCGCCGCCGUCGUCAUCGUGGUAAAGAGUGUACAGAGAGUGCGGUGUAACCUGUCUCUGGGUGGGAAAUUGGGACAAGGCGCGCCUGUUGUGUCCCGCCUGACGCGAGGUCACACGAUCACGACACGGUCAGGUCAGUUUACUUCGUGACAGUCAGGCAUCUGUACUGUGUGAGCUCUCACACACAGUAAAGACGAGCGAUUGGAAACAACUGGAAGAAAAGAAAAAAAAAAAAAAACACACGAAGUAGGGUCUACGUGCGAGUGGGAUAAGCGGGUUGUUACGCUCACAGAACCGUUCCAGUCCAACAGCGCACGUAGCCCGUCCACACCCACAGGAACUACGGCUCCCAGAAGUCAUCGCACCGAAGGACUACGGCUCCCAGAACCCACCGCAGGACGAAACCUCACCAGCUGAGCUCAGUCCUCCAGCUCAUCGCUGGAGCAGUUCUUCUUUUCUCGCGCGCGCGAUGGGCUCGCCCUAGUCCUGCUCUCCUGUCUAUUCAACAGAACGUACACGAACGGACAGCAGAAACGGCAGACGACCCUCAGCGAUGUGGCAGAACAAGAGAGCGGCGCGCGCGCGGGCCGGCCCUAUGCUGAGCCUGCGCUCUCCGCUGAGCUCCGUGUCCACGCGCCGCGGCUCCGCCCUCCUGCCCUCCGUUCUCACGUUCGCCGUUAUCGUGGCGUCGGGGGGCCUCCUGCUUAUGAUAGAGAAGGGUAUGCUGAACAGCAUGGAGCCCCCUGCGCCCCGCGGCAGCGCGAGGCGCGCGGAGCACACGGGCCCGGAGCCGCAGCACGACGACGGCGCCGAUACCGAUUUCCAGAUCCUUCAGGAGAUCCGAAACCGGACCAUCCAAACCGUGUGUGGCCAGAAGAACAUGCCGCACAGCGUGUGGUCGUUAAGUCCCCUGCAGCGAAAGACGCUGCUACAGCACAUCCUGGUGAAUGACCGACACAGGUUCCUGUACUGUUACGUGCCUAAGGUGGCCUGCUCAAACUGGAAGAGGGUGCUGAAAGUGCUGAGCGGCGCCCUGCAAAGCGUCGACGUUAACGUCAAGAUGGACCACAAGAGCGAUCUGGUCUUUCUGGCCGACCUGGAGCCCGAGCAGAUCCAGCACCGGCUACAGCACUACUUCAAGUUCCUGUUUGUGCGGGAGCCUAUGGAACGGCUGCUCUCAGCCUACCGCAACAAGUUUGGUGAGAUUGAGGCGUACCAGCGCAGGUAUGGUGUGGAAAUUGUGAAGCGCUACCGCAAGAAUGUGGGCCGCGUGGCUGGGGACGACGUCACCUUCACCGAGUUCGUGCGCUAUCUGGUGGACGAGGACACGGAGCACAUGAACGAGCACUGGAUGCCCGUGUACAACCUCUGCCAGCCAUGUGUGGUCUCCUACGACUUUGUAGGCUCCUACGAGCACUUGCAGAGGGACGCUACCUACGUGCUGCGCCACAUUGGAGCACCUCCACAGGUGCGCUUCCCCGAGCGCCAAGCGUGGUACCGGCCCGUGAGCACUGAGACACUGCAAUACUAUCUCUGCGGGGUGCCACUAGGGCUACUGCGUGAGCUGCUGCCCAAGUACAUCCUGGAUUUCUCGCUGUUCACAUACCCUCUGCCCAACACAACGCAUGAGGCAUGUACGCACUAGGGGAUGCGCCGGCGCAUCCCUUACCCUUUCUACCAUGCCAGCUGAGGUAUUACAAUGGGUAGAAAGUGAGUGCUGUGUUGGCACUCCUCAGACCGUUUUAAAUGCAAAGAGGAGUUAAAGGACACUAAGCACAAACCAACCGCUGAAGCCACUCAGUUGCCACCGAGGACAUGUUGUGAUCCCAUUUACUCUGCUCACUCAGAAUCAGAAUCAGAACGAGCUUUAUUGCCAGGUAUGUUCGCACAUACAAGGAAUUUGUCUUGGUGACAGGAACUACCACAGCUGUCCACUCUGUCCACAAAGACCAGUUAACUGCAGCUCAGGAAAAGCACAAUCGAACGGUUUCUUUGCCUUAAGUGACAAAGGUAGCGUCUGGUGUGCUGCGCACUCCUGCUGUCAUUGACGGGCCACACUGCACACUCACUCACCUGCCUGCUGCCCUUACCCAGAGAGAGCUGAGCUCAGCUCCUGUACCAUGCUGGCAGCACAUGGUUGUGCUAACAGUGGCUGCCUUCUCCACUUUGAGCUCAGCUCUGCUCGUCCUCCAUGCAGUAGUGCCAUUUUAAUAGCAUUUCCUUUCAUAUGAAAGGAAGACCAGCCCCACCCCUAGAGACUAGAACUGCAGUGCAGUUAGAAGGUUAGCAGCGCUUGAGGUUUGAGCACAGCCAUAUGGAGUGGGACUGAUGUGCAGAUAUGGUUCUGUCCAAGUACACAGCAGCAUACCACGUAGCAGACAGGAGUGCGUGUGUCCCAGGCGAGAGACGACGAGGUGGGGCUGGCUCAGUGCUCUUUGCGACACUAUUGUCUGAGGGGCUCAAUCUAAUCUGUUGCUCUUUGUGGUCACAAACACUUGGUGACUAGAGGGAAACAUGUUUGCGUAUAAGGCAAAAAGUUGGACCACAGACCACCACCUGUGCCUCUUCCAUCACAUUUUUACUGGGGUGUAAAUAUCACAAGUGCUGUAGUUACAACAGUGUAUGCAUAUUCUGAAGACAUACAUGUAACAAACAUUUUUAGUAUACAGUUGUUACCAACAUUUUUAUAUCAACUUUUAUAAAGAACCAAACUUUGCUUAAUGCUUAA